UACACAAUUGUUACUCACGUCCGGCACCGGUUAUCCAUUUGACCCUGUCACCAUGGCGGAUACUAUCAACCCGUUGGAUACCCUCCCAGCCUCGCCAUCCCCAGACAUGUACACAGUUUCCCCCGCGGAUACAUCAUUAGACUCUCCGGAGCCGGAAGAUGAUAUCAAAGAUGAAGAUGAUGAGAAGAAGCCAACAAAGAAGAGAAAGUCUUGGGGACAAGAACUCCCAACCCCAAAAACAAACCUCCCUCCUAGAAAACGCGCCAAGACAGAUGAUGAAAAGGAGCAGCGCCGGAUCGAACGGGUUCUUCGAAACCGUGCUGCUGCUCAAACGUCACGCGAGCGCAAGCGCCUUGAAAUGGAGAAACUCGAGACCGAAAAGAUCCGAAUGGAACAACAAAACCAGUUCCUGAUCCAGCGUCUAUCGCAGAUGGAGACGGAGAAUAACCGCCUGAGCCAACAAGUGGCCAAGCUCUCCGCCGAGGUCCGUGGAUCUCGCAGCGUGACUCCCAAAGCCAGUUCUCCCGCCAUCGAAUCUCCCACCCUCACGCCUACCCUCUUCAAACAAGAAGGCGACGAACUCCCUAUGGAACGGAUUCCUUUCCCAACUCCCUCCGUUACCGACUACUCUCCCACCUUUAAGCCUUCCACUCUGGCUGAGGCCUCCGACGUGACACAACAUCCUGCAGCGGUGUUGUGUGAAUGUGACCUGCAGUGUCCGUCGCCGGCCUCGAAGGAUCUGGAAGCGCCCUACCCCUCUUCGACCUCUCCAACGAACCUCAGACUGCAAAUGAUGUUGCAGCUCCUCUUUCUGACGAUGACUUCCGCCGCCUGUUCCACGGUGAUUCACCCGCUGAGUCAAAUCCUUCUUUCCCUGAAGACGGGUUUGCCUUUGACGUUCUCGACGGAGGAGAUCUAUCAGCAUUUCCCUUUGAUUCUAUGGUUGAUUUCGACCCCGAGUCUGUCGUCCUCGACGGCGUCCAAUCGUCCGGUCUUUCGGAUGAGACUUCUCACCAGACUGCUAGCUUGCAGCCCAGCCUUGGCGCGUCCACUUCGAGAUGCGACGGGCAGAGCAUUGCAGCUAGCGGUUAGUGAGACUUUCUCCCCGCAGACCUGGUCGGCUGGCGCCUCGGAGGCUCGACCGAGUUGGGAGUCGUUAUUAACCAUGGCUUGGGCAAUUGAUAGUCUUAGCCUGUCUAAACGACACCAGCGGGGAAACACUAUGAAAUCCGGUCGGCAACGCAGUAAUGGAAAGGUGCAUCGAGGUACACGGAGUUUUCGGAGUUCAAGCGCGAUGACGUUGCCACGCGCCCCCAAAUCCAUCUGCCUUCCACAACACCUGCAAUCUUCAUCCUUUGUAACAUCUCUAACCGACAUCAUGGUUCGCAAAGACCCUAUAUUCGAAGCCCGUACAAAUGUCAAAUUACACUCCAACAGACUCAAGAAAGAAGCCGUCCGGGCAGAGGCAACCUUCAAAUCUGAAAAGGCCAAAGCGGACAAAGCGAUGAAAAACCGCGAGUUCCAAAUCGCCCGCAUUCACGCCGCCUCCGCCGUGCGCGAGAAGCGACGCCAAGUUACACUGAAAUCCGAAGCGGCACGCGCAGACGUCAUCAUCAACGAACUCAAGGCAGCCCAAAGUACCCGCGACACAUCCCGGACGCUCGCGAUGGCGUCACGGGGCCUAGACGCUGCCUCACGGAGCGUCAACCUCGAACACCUCGUCUCUCACGCUAACAACUUCCUCGCCCGGUCGGAGGACUUUAAGAUAGCUAGCAGUGCGAUCGAGGAUGUCGCACAGGGUAUAUCGAUGCAGGAAUAUGGUGCGGAGGGUGAGGCUGAUGUUGAUCGGCUUAUGGAACAACUGGCCGAUGAUGCGGGUGUUGAUAUGCGCCUCAACCUCGAAGCGGAUGCGGCACCUAAGGAAGAGGUCAAGGAGCCUAAGCAGGUGGAUGCCGAGGCUGAGGAUGGUUUGGGUGCAAGGCUACGGGCUUUACGGGCUGCUAAUUGA